AUGAACUGGGGUUUUCUCCAAGGCCUCCUGAGUGGGGUGAACAAGUACUCCACGGCGUUCGGGCGAGUGUGGCUGUCCAUUGUGUUCGUCUUCAGGGUAUUGGUUUUCGUUGUGGCGGCUGAGAAGGUUUGGGGUGACGAGCAAAAGGAUUUCAAAUGCAACACGGCUCAACCGGGGUGCCACAACGUCUGCUAUGACCAUUUCUUCCCCGUGUCCCACGUGAGGCUGUGGGCCCUGCAGCUCAUCUUCGUCACCUGCCCCUCAUUCUUAGUGGUGAUGCAUGUGGCCUACCGGGAGGACCGUGAGCGUAAGAACCGAAUGAAGUACGGCGACAACUGCCGCCGGCUCUACCAGAAUACUGGAAAGAAGCGGGGAGGUCUUUGGUGGACCUAUGUUCUGACUCUGAUAUUUAAAGUCUUGGUGGACACCACCUUCGUCUACCUCUUGUACCACAUCUACGAGGGCUACGACUUUCCUUCGCUCAUCAAGUGUGAACAGAAGCCAUGCCCCAACAAAGUCGACUGCUUCAUCGCCAGGCCAACUGAGAAAAGAAUCUUCACCAUCUUCAUGGUGGUCACCAGCCUGACCUGCAUCCUUCUCUCCCUUUUGGAGAUUGUCUACCUGGUGGGAAAACGCUGCCGGGAGAUCUUCACCGCUGUUCAUCACUCUCACCAUAUUGUGACCACUAGUGGCAGCAACUUGAUGGAGUCAAACCAUCUCAAGAUGUCCAAAAAGAACACGCCACAAACCCCCGCCCCUGCAUACAGUGUGGCCAUAUUUUGA